ACCACCACUACCACUACCUCCUCGACCUCUAACACCACUACCACUACUACUACCACCUCUACCACUACUACCACCACUACCACUACCUCCUCUACUACUACCACCUCUACCUCCUCUACCACCUCUACCACUACUACCACCUCUACCUCCUCUACCACUACUACCACCUCUACCACUACUACCACUACCACCUCUACCUCCUCUACCACUACUACCACCACUACCACCUCUACCACUACUACCACCUCUACCUCCACUACCACCUCUACCUCCUCUACCACUACUACCACCACUACCUCCUCUACCACCUCUACCACCACUACCACCUCUACCUCCUCUACCAACACUACCACCUCUACCACUACUACCACCUCUACCACUACUACCACCACUACUACCACUACCAUCACUACCUCCUCUACCACCUCUACCACUACUACCACUACUACCACCACUACCUCCUCUACCACUACUACCACCUCUACCACCACUACCACUACCACCUCUACCACCACUACCACUACUACCACCACUACCACCACUACCACCACUACCACCUCUACCACCUCUACCACUACUACCACCUCUACCACCUCUACUACCACUACCACUACUACCACCUCU